AUGGACAAACACCAGCAAUAUGAAACUGUGUUUAAUCACUUUGAUGACAACGGAGAUGGGAAGAUAUCACCUUCAGAGUUGCAACAGUGUGUCGGGUCGAUAGGCAGAGAGCUUUCGAUAGAGGAUGCAAAGGCAGCAGUGCUGUUAAUGGACUCGGAUGGAGAUGGGUACUUGUGUUUGGAUGAUUUUGUGAGAUUUUUGGAAGGAGCAGGAGAGGAAGAGAAGGCGAAAGAUAUGAGAGAGGCUUUUAAGAUGUAUGAGAUGGAGGAUUGUGGUUUUAUCACACCAAAAAGCCUGAGGAGGACUCUUAGUAGGUUAGGGGAGUCCAAAACCAUUGAUGAAUGCAAAGUGAUGAUAGCUUAUUUUGAUCUCAAUGGUGAUGGAGUCCUCAAUUUUGACGAGUUCAAAGUGAUGAUGGCAUGUUGA